AUGGGCAACUCUUCGAGUGGUCAUAAGCGUAGAUCAUCACUAGACGACGAUAUUUUAUCUGGUGUUCUAGCAGGAAAGAGAUAUGCAUAUCAAAUGUCACAUGAUACAGCAGCCGAAGAGUCGGUGAUCAGCUUUGUAACAGGAAGUUCAGCUGUAAAUGCUAUCGCCGAUCAACUUCGUGAUUCUAGGUUGUACGACUCGGGUGGUAAACCAAGCUUAUUUGUUGGAGGACCUUCUUCUGGUCCUGAUACGUCAGAAGACACUCAAACCACUGUUCAGAGCGUUCCCACAGUCUUUAAGUGGGACGGAGGUGGAAAGGAUGUUUACAUAAGUGGGACAUUUAAUGGGUGGAAAUCAAAAAUUCCCAUGGUUAAAAGCUCAAGUAAACACAACUUCUACACAAUUAUUGACCUUCCUCUUGGUGAACAUCAGUACAAAUUUAUUGUCGACGGGCACUGGAAACUCGACCAAAAUCAGCCUGUCUUCACUAGUCCAACUGGUGUUCAGAAUAACGUAAUUGAAGUUAAGGAGUCCGAUUUCGAUGUACUUGCCGCUCUGUCACAUGAUAUGGCCAAUUCUCGAGGCAGUAAUGAAGAUCGUCCACCAACUACCCCUGCUGUACCUUUCCAGACUGGUGAUGGAAAACCUGAUCCCCCUAUACCAGAAGUGGAAAUUUCUCAUGUGUCUGGUUCUGGAUCACCACCUGGCGAAUAUUCUCGAGUGAUUCCUGCUACACCACUUGAAGCACUGUCGUUACAAGGUGGUAGUGGUGCAUCGUUACCUUCAGGAGCUCACAAUACAUCAAAUGACCCCAAGAAGGCUUUAACUCCUCCCUUACUACCUCCACAGUUACUUCAGAAAUGGCUGACUAGGCGAGAAAUUAAAAUAGGAAUUUUCAAAGGAGUCCAUCAGGUCAUGUUGUCACACUUCUAAAUAUUGAAGAAGGAGGAGAACAGAAAUCAAAUGUUACAACAAUGAAUGAAUAUGGAGGGAAAAAAGGAAAUAAUGUAACGAAAUUAGUUAGAAUGUCCAGUAUUUUUAAGCUUGUAUGGAGUGAGUACCUACGUUACACAUGUUCCGUCCACCUCAUUCAGUGAAGACUUACUAAGUCAUUGAAUAAUUUACCUUUAUUACACAAUACUAUGUCUAAUUUGAACAUUACCAUAUGGUGACACGUACUCUCAAGUUUUCUAAUGUUUGUGUCAACUCGCGAUCAAUCCUGUAACCAAUCAAAUCUCUGCAAAACCAACACUUGACAAAACGUUAAUACUUGAAAGUGUACAAAUGAAAAGUAAUACUUAAUCGUGAUACAAAUGUUCAAUGUGAUCCAAAUUUGUUGCCACAACCAGAUCAUGUGAUGGUGAAUCACAUGUAUGCUUUGUCUAUCAAGGAUGGUGUGAUUGUUCUAUCUGCUAUUACACGUUAUCGACAGAAAUUUGUAUCCACUGUACUCUAUAAGCCAAUAUGAAGAAGACGGAGAGGUGAUGGUAUUGGUGGUGGUGACGAUGAUGAUGGAGGAAGGACAGGCGAGGCAAACAAAGAUCAAUAGUCAAAUGGUUGAUCCUUAUUUCUAUAUACUUUCUUUUUUGUAAAUUUAUUUAUUCAUAGCCUGUACAACGUUUUACUUUCUCUUUCUUUUCUAUUCUUUGCUAGUUUUUCAUUCACAAGGUAGAGUAGUAAACCAACUCGGAAAGAUGACAAUUGGAAAGAGGAAGCUAUAGCAAUAAUUAUCACUAGAAAUGAAAAUGACAACCUACCUAUAAGCAUGAAUGAGCAAUUCAGAAUUCGGCUGGUUCUGUUUUAUGUGACAGCUACAGAGUGAUAAUGUUUAUUUCAUCUUUUACUAUUGCCAUUGUUGUUGUUGUUUUCGACGGUCUUUCUCAAUUCUAUGUGUAUAUUUUGAUCGACGUGGCAAUGGCUUGUUUGAAUUCUUAUUUCUUUCCUUCUUUCUGUCUGUUCCCUCCCCUCCUCCCACUCUUCUUUGCAUGGGACAGACAACCACUAAAUUUCACACAUGCCAUACAACAUACUCUUACAACUCUUUACCGAUCAUUUUAUAUGCAUGCGUGUGUGCCACUUUGUCGAAAAGUUGCCUAACUGAUUCAAUCUCCUCCCUAGUUAGUUAAUUAGUUAGUUAGUUAGUUAGUUGAUGCUAUGUAUAUCAGUGAAUCUCUGAUUCAGUUAGACUUCAUAAUUAUGUGCUGUUGUUGCAUU